CUGGUUGCCACAUUUGCACCCUGGUGCUAUAGCUUCUUAUUGGAUGGUAGAAAAUAAAACGAUGGAGAAAAAAGCAAUAUAGACGUUCUGGAGGAACUGUUAUGGGAGAACGUCCAUAAAAGGUGUAGACAUGUGCAGCGUGGUUAUUCUCCCCAGAGAUUUAAGCUAAUAAAGGGACUGUAUUUAUAGAUGCUCUAUUCAAUGCAUCGUGUUAAUCGGUGAAAAUCCGACCCAACGCCUGGACACCACACACUCCAUCCACACACUGCAGGAGCGGUUCUGAACUCUACCGAAGAGCGAUGUCUACAGAAAGAUUUGACUGCCAUUACUGCAAAGACUCACUGCUUGGCAAAAAAUACAUCCUGAAAGAAGACACACAAUACUGCACCAAGUGUUAUGAGAACCUCUUUGCUAACUGUUGUGAGGGUUGCUCCUUACCAAUCGGGUGCAACAACAAGGAUCUAUCCUACAAGGAUCGCCACUGGCAUGAGAACUGCUUCAAGUGUGGCAAAUGCGGACGCUCAUUAGCGGAGAAAGCGUUUGCUGCUAAAGAUGAACUUCUGCUGUGCACCGAGUGCUACUCCAACGAAUACUCUUCCAAGUGCAAUAACUGCGCAAAAACUAUCCUGCCAGGCUCACGGAAAAUGGAGUACAAGGGGAACAGCUGGCACGAGACCUGCUUUCUGUGUCAGCGCUGCCAGCAGCCGAUAGGAACCAAGCCCUUUAUCCCCAAAGAUAACAGCUACUUCUGUGUCCCCUGCUUUGAGAAGCAGUUCGCCUAUCAGUGCUGCUCCUGCAAGAAAGCUAUCACCACCGGCGGCGUGACAUACAACGACAAGCCGUGGCACCGCGAAUGUUUCACCUGCAUCGGCUGUAAGAAACAGCUAGCGGGACAACGCUUCACCUCCCGAGAGAACUACCCCUACUGUCUGGAGUGCUUCAGCAACCUGUACGCUAAGAAAUGCGUCGGUUGCACCAAACCUAUUACUAGUUUGGCAGGAGCGAAGUAUAUCUCAUUCGAGGAGCGUCAGUGGCACAGCGAGUGUUUUACAUGCAUGCAGUGCUCCGUGUCGCUCGUGGGCCGUGGUUUCCUCACACAGCGUGAUGACAUUCUGUGCACCGAUUGCGGACGUGAGAAGUGAAAGAAGAAGGAGGAAGAAAAAAAACACUCAUCUUUGGAUCAGUGAUAUGUUUUUAUGUUAUUCUUAACACACAUUCUUCUGCAUGUCUUUGACAUUAGUAUAUUAUUUGCAUAAAGAUGUAUUCUGUUGCCAUAUUAAGCCCUAUUUGGAUGGGAUUAGUUUGCAAAUGGGGUAAUAUGAUUAUUACCGGUCUUUUGCUUUUUGUUAAAUAAAUUUUUGUUCUGGUUAGGAUCUAUUUUUUUUCCUCCUAACCCUAAGGUUGUGGGUUCGAGUCUCCGGAUGGCAGUACCACGACUGAGGUGCCCUUGAGCAAGACAUGAAAC